ACCAAUCCUUGUGUGUCGAGCAGACGAGCCUUCAGCUGCCUUCUGCACAUCUACUCUUUUAUAGCCCACAAGACUGCGAUCGUGUGACAGCAGCAUAAUACUACAGAGACUCCAAGAGCAUGAUCUACCAUGAGAGCUGUGCGUCUCAAGGACACAUAUAACCACAAAUGAAGUAUUCGACAGAAAAGAGAAACGGAUCGUAUUAGAGCUGUAAAGAUCGAGGAUUAAUACGAGUCAUUUAAAAGGACGAAGAAAACCCUGAAUCAUUCACGCUUCGGACAGGCAGUAGCCAGGAAUGGUGGAUCACUUGCUGCUUGAUGAAGAGACUUUUUUUUCGUACACUUUGCCGCCAACCCACAACCUGUCGGAUAUGGUGACAGACGACGGUGUGUAUCAUAUGCUUCCAUCUCCAUUCUCAGAGGACAACCUGAGUGACUCAUCCAGCCCAUGUUCCUGCUCCAGCCCUGAGUCUCAGGUCCUUGGCUCCAGUUGUGGGAGCAGCUCGAGCGGAGAAAGUCAAGAUGGCCUUCUCGACUUCCUCCACUCUCAGUCCACUUUGAGCCAAAUCUCCUCGACCACAAUGUCUCCCAUGGUCCCUCCUGUCCUUCCCAUGGGUCUGUCGUGGGAGUCGCGACGUGACCGCACCGCCAAAGAGGAGUACUUUGAGUUUCCAGUUUUCCCUGGAGAACUGGAGGACCACGCAGGGCUGCUGUUUCAGCCCACGCUGGAGGAGAUCGAGGAGUUCUUGGAGGAGAAUAUGGAAGUUGUAGCCUUUAAGGAGAAAACCGGUGAGGGGUUGGUGAACAGUGCUAACACCCAAGGAGAUGCGUCGGAAACAUGGGCCCAAAGCUUAGACCAAACCGUGCCUGUCUCAAGUGACGUAGUCACAGCCAACUACGAGCCCAAAAGUGCACAAUCCUCACUAGCGACCUCCACGAAUCCUCAAAGUGCGCUGAGAAAGGAGGAUUCAUCUGGGACGGACGUGGGGAUGGAGAGUCCCGGCAUGCCUGUGAUUCUACAGCUUCAGCCCGUUCAGGUUAAGCAGGAACUGAACCCUAAAACCGCCCCGUCGACACCACAACCUGCUUCGGACAUCAAAAUAACCCAGCUCCUCGUGAACAUCCAGGGUCAAACCUUCGCCCUGGUUCCUCAGAUGAUCCCCCAAGCCAGCCUCAACAGCUCUUCCUCAAAGUUCGUCCGCAUCGCCCCGGUUCCCAUCGCUGCCAAGCCCAUGGGCCUUGGGGAGAACGGAACAGGAGACGGCCAGGGCGCGGGACUCAUGGUCGGCGGUCACAAAUUCCAGAAAAGCUCGGUAGCUGAUCUUAUUAAAAUGCACAAGUGCACUUUUCCUGGCUGUGCCAAGAUGUACACCAAGAGCAGCCACCUGAAGGCCCACUUGAGGAGACACACGGGAGAGAAACCGUUUGCUUGCACUUGGCCUGGCUGUGGAUGGAGAUUCUCCCGGUCGGACGAGCUGUCGCGACACCGCCGGUCUCAUUCUGGAGUUAAGCCCUACCAGUGUCCCGUGUGCGAGAAGAAAUUUGCCCGCAGCGAUCACCUGUCCAAACACAUCAAAGUCCAUCGCUUUCCACGAAGCAACAGGACAGCGCGAACUACACACUGACCCCACACAACCCCCCACCACGGAGAGAGAGAUAGAACAAGAGAGAGAGAGAGAGAGAGAGAGAGAGACCGAUUCAUUUGUGGUACUGUGAUAAUUUAUUAAGUGAGGCUCAAUGAACUGAAGAAGAGUUUGUACUCAAAACUGUUACUUGACUCGUCGGCCUCACUGAUUGUGCUUCGUAGAUUGUAUUUUUGUAGCGUCCGUGAACGUUUUCUAUCGAGAACAAAUUUUGCAACGUUCAGAGUAUGUUUUUGUACUUGGAGGUAUGAAUUGUUGAUGCAUUUGCCAAUCAUCAACAUUCCUUGUAUUGCGAUGAUGUCGCCGUUUUUUCCCCUACGUAACAAGUGUUUAGCUCCUCUAACCAAAAACAAAAAACCUCGGGUUCAUUCGAACUACUGAUCAUUGGUAGGAUUGUGCCAUUAUAAGCUAUCGGCAAACAUAAAGAGGCUUUUUAUGUUGACUUUCUGUUGUGUGCUUGCAAGCUGUGAAACGCCUCUCGGUGAGACCAUAGAGCGAACCAACAAAAGUCAAAACACGCACAUUUGUUGUAAGGGAACUGGCUUUCUGAUCAGUAUUGAAAUUAUUUGAAAUAUUUCAAAUGUUUUUUUGUUCUCCUUUUUAUUUUUUCAUUUCAUUGGUUGCAUCAUCAAAGACUUCUAAGAACAAGAUACCUUCUGGGCCUUCGUGUUAUCUAGAUGUUUGCAGCUGGGGCCAAGGUGUUUGUGGUUAGACAAUAUUUUUAACAGCAAUGCAACACAUUUCCUUUUUGUAUCAUGACCUGAAAAAUUACAUGAUCUAAAUCAGUUGCCGUUGAUAUCUAAGAUAGGUCAAUACACAAUCUUCACCCUUGUUCAAUCAAGUACUGAAUAACUCUCAAUUCUCACCUGCUUACCUGCCUCGAAAAAUCUUUACCCUCCGGACUACUUCACCAUCUGCCAAAUCAUCCCGGUGAGGCAAGCAUGCUUGAUAGAAACUGGAAUUGCAAGGUGCUAACCGACCUCAGCCGCAAGCUUCCACAUACAGUAGGGGACGCAUGCAGGUCAAAUCCUCACGCUUGGGAAAUGUAGUCUGGGAUCCAUCUGGAGUUCAAUGGGGACGUUCUUCAUGGGAACUGUAGUCAUGGACACAGCUUGAGUGCUGAUAUGGCAUGUUGACCACAUGUUUGCUACAGGAAUGCGUGUAGUUACUAGUGGGGUGCCGAUAACGAUUUAACGAAACGUCUUAUUAUGUGUUGUAUAAGGAUUUACAUCCUUGAAUGUGCAAUCUGGUCUAUGCAGUCUGUUUUGCCUAAACAACAGCCGAAAUGGAAACAUCUUACCCAGAGUGCCUCAGGUGAUUCAUUGAUUUACAUUUGCUCUUUGUACAGGCACAACAGGCACAUAUAGAUGCAUCCACAUAUAUAAAACGCAGUAUAUGGUUCCUGUACAACAGGAACUAUAUGGGUUUCUGACUGCGGCUUAUAAUUAUCAUGACAUGGUAAUCGUUGUGGUCGGGAAACUUGAUCUUGGAUCAGAAGAGAUUAGAAGCAUUCAGUCCUCUCGCAGUUCAACACAGGACUAGGAUGGGUUCCAAUCCCUUUAAAUGAAGUAUAGUGUCCAACACAUUUCUCCACGUUUGCUAUAAAAGUGGAUGUUUUUCUGCUGUUUGUGCCUGUUUGACCUAAAUACAUACAGUACCUUAUAGGGAUAGUUCAGCCUAAAAUGAAAAUUCUUUGAUCAUUUAUUCACUUUCAUGUCAUUCCAAACCUGUAAUACUUUAUUCUUCUGCCGAGCACAAAAGAAGAUAUUUUCAUGAACGCUGGUAAACAAACAACUUUGGACCCCUUUGACCACCAUUGUAUAGACACAAAAUGUGUUCCACAUAUUGAAAGUCAUAUAUAGGCUUUAAAUGACAUGAGGGCGAAUAAAUGAUUACAAAGUUUUUUAUUUUUGGGAGAACUGUGCUUUUGAGUACAUACAAUAUCCCAUAGUCUGUUUUCUUUGUUUUUAAACUUCAAACAUGCUUUUGUUGUGCUCUUAAUUCAUCUCACAUGAGAAACAACAGAUGAUUGAUUUCAUGGUUCAUAGCCCCACCAAUCCAAACCACAUUACGAAUACACUCAACCCAUCCAUGUUGAUUAUUAUGCUGAUGGCCUGCGCGCUCAAUGCGCCCCGUUCAGGUUCAUGACCUUCGUUCACGUACAGACUAACAAACGGACAGGAAGGCAGAGGCUGCGUAAUGAUGCAUUCCUUACUGUCGACAUGAACUUCUCGUUAAACAGGUGCUUAUGGCCACUGAAUGUAUGUAUACUGUAUGAACAGACUUUGUACAAAAUGAUGGAUCAGAGAGUCCUAGAUAUUCUUGUACUGACGUAUCUUGCGUCUUUGAUUGUAUAAAUGUCCCCUGUAAAAUGUAAACCAAUGUACAUAAUAACAAUUCAAUAUAUAUAUAUAUAUAAAUAUUAUAUAUUUUCUUGAUAUUCAUCAGAUGCAUUUACAAAUAAAGUGAAAAUAAGAA